UCUCCAAACAUUACGUCCUGCGCAAUGCUGCGCGAGACACAUAAGUGAGGGCCAGUAGUUCUGCCCGUUCUACCCCGAUCCAAUCACCAAUAAAAAAGAAAACAAGUUUUCUGAGUUGUUUUUGAUACCGGAUGGCUCUCAGAGGAUAUUAAUUUUCUUCAUCGGUUUGUAACGGGCGAAAAUCACGAGACCCUCAUUCACCGCCUCAAAUCACCGAAGAGAACGUAAAUCACCAAAAUGUCGAGUCUGAUCCGUUUGGGUGCAGCUUCAGCCCUGAAGCGAGGUCUAGCAAGACCCCUUCAGCGCCCAAAGCAGCUAGUGAAAAGGCCCAUCAACACUUCCUCGAAGCCACCCCAGGCUAGUCACUCCACCCCAGCUACAACUGUUGGGGAGGCACCAGUCGAACAGUCCAAGAAUUGGGUAAGUUGGGGAUUCAGCGAGGAGAACGAGUACAUAGACAGACUAGCCGCUCACAUGACAUUCUUCACGACAGUCUCAAUCUGUCUGGUCCUCGGUGGAACCCUAAUCGCUUACGCUCCAGAUCCAAAACUCCGAGAAUGGUCGCAACGUGAGGCAUACCUCCAGCUUCGUUACAAGGAGGAACAUGGACUUCCGCCCAUCAGCCGCAAUUACGUGGAUCCAGCAAAACUCUACCUGCCAAGUGACGAAGAGUUGGGAGACACUGAGAUCAUCAUCUGAAGGGAUUUAUUGUAUUUGGGAUAUUAUUAGUUUGUUUGUAAAAAAUGAGACGUUUUAUUAAUGGUUUCAUUGGUUGUUGGGGGCAAUGAUCAUGAAAUAAAAUCUUUCUGCUGUGUA